UCGGCGACAAAAAUUCAUUAUUUUACUAAUAAUACGUACCAUGAGAUUGUUCCUAUAAUGCACCAAAUACACAAAAAAAGCCAAACUAUCGAAAUUGUCUUUGAUUAUCCUUUUCUACGAAACGUCAAUAUUUAUCGAGUAACUAUGGAAUUUCUCGGGAGUAUAACUGAUGAUAAAGGAGGAAUUGUCAAAAGAUUUUACAUAAACGAUAAAAACAAAAAAUCAUGGUUAUUCAUAGCUGAUUUGCGAGGGGCUGGGGCCCGACAGAUAUUUCCGUGCUGGGAUGAGCCGGAUACCAGGACCAAUUUUACUAUUUCCAUAAAGCAUGAUCAAUAUUAUAGGGCUUUAUCGAAUACAAAAGUUACUAAUAUGUUCAGCGUUAAGCAUGAAAAGAAUUGGACACAUUUCGAACCAACCGCUAAAAUAUCUCCUCACCAUGUAAUGAUUUUAUUGCACGAUUUUAAACAAAUUGAUGACUCAAACAUAUGGUGCAGAGAACAAGUACAACAAGACAUGGAAUUCUUACAGUUAAUUGUUAACUUUACCACACUUUAUUUAAAAUUUAACGACAUAAUAUUUCUAGACACAGUGAUGCAUGUUGUAAUUCCAGAUUUCUUAGACUUAGGCAUGCAAAGUUGGGGAAUUAUUCUUUAUAGAGAGACUAAUGUCCUCUACGAUAAAAAAUUAGAUUUUAUUGCUUGGAAAUUUGAAGUGGCAUUCAUGAUAGCACGUAAAAUCACACAUCAAUACAUUGGCAAUCUCGUAGCCCAACCUUCAUGGUUCCAUCUUUGGUUAAACGAGGGUAUUGCUACAUUUUUGGCAAUUAAUAUUGUCAAUCAGUACUUUUCACCAGAUUAUUAUCAAUUGUUGGAUUUAUUUGAUGUGAAAUUUCAACAUGAAUCUCUCCGUUUGAAUGAUUAUUAUAAUAUGUCUCUCGUAUACGAAAUUGAUACACCAUCUGACAUUAAUUCAAUUUUUUCUUUUACUCAUUAUAUUAAAGCACCUGUCUUUAUACGUUCAUUAGAUAAAAUGCUACCUGAAGAUAUACUUCAUAUAAGUAUCAACGAUUAUAUAUUAAAUUACAAGUUUAAAUCUGUCAAUACUUCGACAACUCCUUUUGAAAAGUUUUUGGGUAUCAUAAAAAAAAAUCUAAUAGAGGAAGCUAAUUAUAUUAUAGAACCUAUCGACGUAAUAAAGAUAUUCACUCAAUGGGCAAAACAAGAGCGCUAUCCCGUGUUGAAGGUGCAGCGAACAUUUUCCUUCCUAUCUUUCCUAAGAGAGGUUAAAGUACAUAUAGUUGAACCAUGCCCCAAAAAUUUGUCGAUACCUGUAACUUAUAUUACACAGAGGAAUCCUUAUCUUAUACAUAACGCAUGGCUAGAAAAGUCAAAUUUUUUAUCUAUUUACGUUUACAGUAAUCACUGGAUCAUUAUUAAUAUACAACAAGCUGGAUAUUAUCGUGUUAAUUAUGACAACGAUACUUGGCAAUUACUUGGAGACUAUCUAAAUUCAAUGGAAUAUUAUAAUAUACAAGUUUUGAAUCGUGCUCAAAUCAUAGAUGAUGCAUAUUAUUUUUUGUCAACAAACAAACUUGAUUUCAAGCUAUUCAAAACACUCACGUAUUAUUUAUCAAAAGAAACAGAUUAUAUAGCGUGGUAUCCUAUGUUCAAAAUUUUAGAACAGAUAUCGGGAUUUUUCUCAUUUCCACAAAGUUCCGAAGUUAAGGAACACUUUCGGAAUAUCUUAGAUAAUGUUUUGAAGAACAUUGGAUAUUUAGACAUUAUAGAGGAGAAUGAAUUUACUAAAAGUUUAAGAUUUGAAGCCGCAAGAUGGGCAUGCCUUCUGAAGUCUGAAGACUGUACUAAUUCUGCUAUUUCUCAUUUAAUACGAUUUUAUGAAAAGCCAGAUCCUAAGACCAAUCCGAUUGUAGCGUUAGGAGACAUGAUUUAUAAUCAUUUACAUUCUAAAAAACAAAUUAACACACAUUCUAGAAUCUUUCCGGGAUGGAAGGAAUGGAUGUAUCGUAACGGAAUGAUGUUAGCAAACAAUAUUACUUGGAACAAAGUGUUAACUGCAGAUGCAUUAGACAAUAAACGUUUAGAAUAUCUAGCAUGUUCCGAAAAUAAUAUUAUCAUUAUUAACUAUAUCGAUCAAUUGAUAUCGGGAUAUUUUACUGAAUUAAAACAUCGCAUUACAGUUUUUCAUUCUAUUAUUGCAAGACAUGCAAAGAAUGAUUUAAUACUCAAUUAUAUAUUAAUCAAUUUUGAAAAAAUAGUAUCAAUAAUACCCAGCAAAAUUGAAACGCUUAUAGCGGUAGCAGACAUUAUCAAUUAUAUAUAUUCUACACAACAAAUUGACAAGGUGAAAUAUACACUAUUAGAAAAAGUAUAUUCUUCUUUUAAUCUUUAUUACAUUGAUAAAAAAAUAGAGUUACGAUUGUUACAAAUACAGAAACACAUUGGCUACUUCGAGAGAUUUUUAAAGACAAAGAAUUAA